CUUUUCUCAGUCCUCAAAAACCCCAGCCUUAUUCGACGCCACAAAGUGGGUCGUUGUGUGGAGGCAAAUGCCGCGGCGGACAACUUAGCUAAGCCGCAGCAUCACUGUAACUGAACUGAGAGUCGGAGGCUCGCUGUGUAACCGCAGAGCGGGACGAACGUCGAUAUCAUUGCGAUCUUGGGUUUGCGCAUUUGCCCCGUCCGGACCGCCCUCUCCUCUCACUCCAUUCCCCUAGACUUCGCUCUCAUUGCGACAAUUUAUAAUCCAACAUGUUGUCUUCGGUGAGGACAGGCGCCUCAAUGGCUCUUCGAGCCCGGCCGACUGCCCAAAGCGUCCCCUUCCGCGCCGCCGCUGUCGCUUCCAUCUCCUCGUCCUCCCGCAAGGACGCCACGGGCGCCGUCGCCCCCGCUGGCGCACAGCACGGCAUCGCCAGGCGCGAGCGCAGAGAGGUUCCUCUUGCCAGCCAGGAGGGCACCAAGGGCGCCGUUCAAUAUGCUCUCACAACCCUCGACAGUAUCGUCAACUGGGCCCGGCAAUCCUCUCUCUGGCCCAUGACCUUCGGUCUCGCCUGCUGCGCCGUCGAGAUGAUGCACCUCUCGACCCCGCGGUACGAUCAAGAUCGGCUGGGCAUCAUCUUCCGCGCCUCGCCGCGCCAGUCGGACGUGAUGAUUGUUGCCGGUACCUUGACCAACAAGAUGGCCCCCGCCCUGCGCCAGGUGUACGACCAGAUGCCCGACCCGCGCUGGGUCAUCAGCAUGGGCUCGUGCGCCAACGGCGGCGGCUACUACCACUACUCGUACAGCGUCGUGCGCGGCUGCGACCGGAUUGUCCCCGUUGAUGUCUACGUGCCCGGUUGCCCGCCUACUAGUGAGGCGCUUAUGUAUGGCAUUUUCCAGUUGCAGAGGAAGAUGCGGAAUACCAAGAUUACUAGGAUGUGGUAUCGCAAGUAGAUUGCGCAGUUUACUGGCUUGCUUGCGGGCUUCUAUGGGGGUGAACUCUUGGUAUGGAAGAAGAGGGUGGUGGGUGGAUAGCGUGAAGGGGAUUUGAUGAGAUGAGAAGAUCGAGUUUUGGCAAAAACCGGAAAGACAGCACGGUUAGACUUGAUGGACGGACGGAAGAGCUCGAGAACAGCGGCUCAUGGGAAGGAAAUUCAGUGGAAUUAGACAAGAUGUAUUAUGCUCAAAGUUGGCUUCUUGCUUUUUCUCCUUUUCCUCAAAAGUUCACCAUGAACUGGACAACUUUUGGUCAGUUGUACUGUGUUUCGCUUCGGGAUGUGAUUAUGUACUUUCGGUGUAUAUAUAUAUGUACAAUUAAGGCGUCGCGCGAGUCUACACUGUUGAGAAAGACUGGCCAUCUUUCAACUGCAC